GACUUGGUGCUGUCGUAGAUUGAUAUAUCAGCGUGAAGUCGAGCAUUAGAAUCUCCACCUCCACAGCACGCCAAGAUGGCUCAGAAGACGAUCGAGAAGACUUGGUGGAAGGAAGCCAGCGUCUACCAAAUCUAUCCUGCCUCUUUCAAGGAUAGCAAUGGAGACGGGCUAGGAGAUGUGCCUGGCAUCAUAUCGAAAAUACCUUACAUCAAAUCACUUGGAGUAGAUGCCCUUUGGCUGUCGCCGAUAUACGCCUCCCCUCAAAAUGACAUGGGCUACGACAUUUCAGAUUACAGAGACAUCCACCGUCCCUACGGAACACUUGAAGACGUUCAGCGGCUGAUUGAUGAGCUUCAUGCCAACCAGAUCAAGCUGCUCAUGGACUUGGUUGUCAAUCACACGAGUGACGAACAUGACUGGUUCAAAGAGUCACGGAAAUCCAAGAGCAACUCAAAGCGGGACUGGUACUUCUGGCGAGAUCCUAAAAUCGAUGAACAUGGGAAUCGCACAGAGCCCAAUAACUGGAGGAGCAUUUUCGGUGGCAGUGCUUGGCACUUUGAUGAAGUUACACAGCAAUAUUACCUUGCACUAUUUCUCCCGUCGCAGCCGGAUCUCAACUGGGAGAACGAGGAAAUGCGGCAGGCGACCUACGGGGACAUGCGCUUCUGGCUGGAUCGUGGCGUCGAUGGCUUCCGCAUUGACAGCAUGAAUUUGAUGAGCAAGCACCCAGACUUGCCGGACGGAAAGAUUACAGAUCCCGAGUCAAAGUACCAAGACGGAUCCGAAUUCUUCGCGUCUGGACCUAGGAUGCACGACUACAUUCGUGAGAUGCGAACCGAGGUGUUCGAUCAUUACGAUGUAAUGACUGUCGGAGAGCUUGGUUUUACCAAAGACGAGCAGUCUGUGUCGGACUACGUGGCGAAGGACCGACACGAACUGAACAUGGUCUUCACCGGCGAUGUGGUUGACAUGGACUUUGGGCCAACUGGAAAGUACUCUCGGGACGACUUCCACCCGCGGAAACUGCGCAAAAUCACCAACAUGUGGCAACAAGCUAUGCCAAAGUUCGAUGGUUGGAACAGCAUAUACCUCGACAACCACGACAGUGGGCGAAGUCUCAGCAGAUAUGGCUCAGAUCUUCCGGAACACCGUGCUGCCGCGGCCAAGCUCUUCGCAAUCUACCUGACUACUCUCAGCGGUACUCCGUAUCUGCUCGCUGGCCAGGAGUUCGGCAUGGCCAAUCUCGGUAAAGACUAUCCUGCCGAGGCAUAUAUCGAUGUCGAGGGCAGCAACUACUACAAGGAGAUCCUUCAACGACGUGGCGGUGACACAUCGAAGAUGGAUGAUGUACUAAAGGAACUGCAAUUGAAAGCUCGUGACCACGGCCGCUUGCCUGUGCAAUGGAAUGCAAGCCCCAACGCAGGCUUUACGUCGCCUGACGCCACGCCUUGGAUGACUAUCAAUAAAGAUCACAAGCAAUGGAAUGCCGAGAGCCAGUUGAAUGAUCCGGAUAGUGUCAUGGCAUUUUACAAAAAGAUGCUUAGUCUGCGGAAGGAGCAGAAGGAUCUGUUUGUCUACGGGACUUACGAGCCGAUUACCGAGCAAGAGACUGGAGAGUAUGUUCUCGGAUGGGAGCGGACAGAUGCAGAUGGCGCGAAAGCUGUCGUGCUGCUCAACUUCUCAGACCAAGAAGUUAAUCCGAUGGGCAAGUAUAAUGGCCUGACAGAGCUGGUUUCGAAUGGGAGAGGUCAGAUCAACGGCGAUCAGGUGACACUUGGUGCAUAUGGUGCGAUUGUACUCAAGCAGUAGACCAGAUGUUACGCCAAGCUUAGGGCUUCCGAGCUUACCCUGCCCGCUUCCCCUCCUUCCCUCCACUCCACGCCCUGCCAAUGCCGGCCCG